CCCCUCAUGGACCUGCCACCCGAGCUCAUCGCCGCCAUCGUGAGCGACGUGGGCAGCACGGCAGACCUCAGGGCGUGCACGCUCGCCGCCCGGCGCUUUCGCUUUCCGUGCCAACAGCGCCUGUUAGGCACGCUCUGGCUCGGCGACAAGGGCGGGGGCAGAAAAGGCUACCUCGAGGCCGCGGCGCGCUUCGAACGCUGGCCCCACCUCGCCCCGCUCGUCCGCACGCUCGAUCUCGCUGUCGGCCGGGUCCCGUACCGAUGGGCCGGCGUCGAUGGCGCGGAGGAGGCGAUUGCGGGCCUCUUUGCGCGGCUCGCAUGCGUCACUGCAUUGACCGUCUUUGGCGAUAACGACGACUGGCGGAAUGUCACGCCCAUACUGGCGGAUGCGCUCGCCCGGUGGCUCGCGGGCCGGCCCCCCGGUGCGUUCCGCCACGUGUCCUUUGUGUUUCUUUGGGACAUCCCGCGCGCGGUUGUGCAUGCCGUGUUCCGUGCGCUGGCGCCGCAUGCGCAGGUCAACUUCGAGAUGGCGACGCUGGACGGUGCACCGUCCCGCGAGCUUGCACCGUACAUGCACACGAUGCCGCCGUUUGGACUGCACGUGCAAGCCGGCCCCCGGGUGGAGCGCACGCUCGCGGAGCCGGAGUUUCGGCCGUACGUGCAGGGGCUCCGCACGCUGCUUGUCCCCGUAAAGCACGGCCCCGCGGUCCUCGACUCGAUGCGCCUCUGUGAGGCGGCAGCCGGGAAUCUCGAGCAUCUCCAGCUACUUAGAGAGGCGGGGGGCCUCGAUCCCGACUACGCUGACCUCGUGCUCCCGCCCUGCCUGCCCGCUCUCACCCAUCUCACGCUCGACGUCGCCUCGCUCGCGGCCGAGCUCCGCACCGGCACCCGCCUCGCCGCGCUGCUCACCGGCGUCGUGCUGCCGCUCCUCCGGCCCGCGGUCACCCCGCGGCUUGCAGCCGUCACGCUGCGCUCCCCCCUGGCCAGCGACCGCGCGCGUGAGCUGUCGCUCCUCGUCGACAGCCCCGGCUUCCUCGUGCACGUGCUCCGCGAGGAGGCCGCGCAAGCCUGUCUGCGGCUGAUCGACGACGCGCUAGCGAGCCCGGGCCGGCGCACAGCCCGUCUUGCGCUGGUGUUCACGAUGCAUCCCGCGGGGCAGUCCCUGGCGCGUGCCGCGGCCCACCGGCAGCUGAUUUUGCCGGAGCUGGCGCGGUCUUUACAGGGCGUGGCGCGCGAGGGCAGGCUCGACGUCGUUGUGGAUGUUUGA